CGGGGGGCGGGCGCGCGGCGCGCGGGCGGCCAUGGCGGCGGCGGGCGGCGGGCGGAGGUGCCGGCGGCUGGAGGGCGAGGCGGCGCGGGCCGUGCUGGGCGCGGCCGAGGCGCUGCUCUUCGACUGCGACGGCGUGCUGUGGCGCGGCGAGGCGGCGGUGGCGGGCGCGGCGGCGGCGCUGGGGCGGCUGGCGGCGGCGGGCAAGCGGCUCUGCUACGUGACCAACAACAGCAGCCGCACGCGCGGCGCCUACACGGAGAAGCUGCGGCGCCUCGGCUUCCCGCCCGCCGAGCCGCGCCACGUCUUCGGCUCGGCCUACUGCGCCGCCCGCUACCUGCGCCAGGCCCUGCCGCCCGGCGCCGCCGCCUACGUGCUGGGCAGCGCCGCGCUGGGCGCCGAGCUGGAGGCGGCCGGCGUGCCGCACCUGGGCCCCGGGCCCGCCGCCCUGCCGGGCCCCGCGCCCGCCGACUGGGCCCGGGCGCCGCUGGAGCCCGCCGUGCGCGCCGUCCUCGUGGGCUUCGACGAGCACUUCAGCUACGCCAAGCUGUGCCAGGCCCUGCGCUACCUGCAGCGCGACGGCUGCCUGCUCGUGGGCACCAACCGCGACCACCGGCUGCCGCUCGAGGGCGGCGCCGCCAUCCCCGGGACCGGCUGUCUGGUGAAAGCGGUGGAGACGGCAGCGGAGCGCGAGGCAUUUAUUGUCGGCAAGCCCAACCGGUACAUGUUCGAUUGCGUGGCCAGCGAGUUCAACAUCGACCCCGCUCGUACCAUCAUGGUGGGAGAUCGCCUGGACACCGACAUCCUCAUGGGCAACAACUGCGGCCUCACGACUCUGCUGACUCUCACCGGAGUCACCACGCUGGAAGAAGUGAAAGGUCACCAGGAGAGUGACUGCCCUGCCAGGCAAAGCCUGGUUCCCGAUUACUAUGUCGAUAGUAUAGCUGACCUCCUUCCAGCGCUGGGGGAUUAAAUAGCAAAACUCUCACAGCCUUUGAAGCGGUACCCUGAGGAGGGCCCUAAGUAAUCACCUUGUGACAGUAACGUACUCAAUAUACCACCAGAAAUUGGCCACCCUUAGCUUUUUAAGCUUUCUGUCCUCUCUGUAUGAUUUUUGUUUACAUCUUGGUCUUCUAAAAUGCACUUUGAAAGGAAGAGGGCAUUAUGGUGUCACUCAAGUCUUGUGGGUUUGGGGCUUUUUUAUUAUUAUAAGUAAUACAUAUAUCUAACUAUGCGUGAUACUAGGUGUUAUUGUCUUCUAGACUGAGUUGAGGAAAGUAGAGCAGAGUGAUCUGAGGAAAGGAACCCAACAGCUUACAGUAUGUCCUCUCGUGGACAGAGUGUAACUCAGUCUUGUUUAUUCAGGGAAAUAACUCUUCGAGUGUGUAGUUACUCAGUGGCUGUGUUUGGAAAUGCUUGCAGUGGCUGAUGUAACUAGAAUUUGGCCUUAGAUUGGUUUUUCAGACUGGGUCCCAUUCUAGCAGUGCAGCCCAUUGCAAGUGUGACCUCAGGUCAAAGAAAUUGAAAUCUGUCUUUAUUUGAUCACAAAAAUUGCACUUGUGAUGCAGAUUAGAAUGAUUCCACGUGCAAAAUGCGAAUGGUAUCUUCUGUAUACUGUAUUUGUCCAAGUAUUGGAUGUAUAUGUAAAGUACACGUACAUACAAGAACUAUCCUGAUCCUAAAUAUAUAUCAGAAUAUAUUUAAAAUAUAAACUUAAGUAUAAUAUAUGAUAAUAUAUCUUGCUUCCCAAAAGGGAGGAUAAGAGGAAUGUACUUCACUGAUCACUAUAGGUUUAAGUUUUGUAAGCUUUUGCAUUUGGUAAUGCGGAAAGUAUGUAAUCACAUAGGAUGGUCCUGCACUAAUACUGCUUCCCAGAAAUAACUGGAUUGAUUAGACAUGAAGUUAGUCUAAAUUUUCUUAUGCUUCCCUGCUGCCUCAGCAUCAAAAUAAUUGCUUGCCUUGGCUUUAUUUGUAGAAUAUGAAUUAGGGCUCAGUCUACAACGGAUGAAUAUGGUACACAUCGCUACUUCCCACUGAGGUAAACCUGUACUGGUUAAGUGUGAUAACAGCACAGUGCUUCCUUUAAAUACCUGCUUGUAACAUCUUCCUCGUGUAUCUGAUGUUGGGGCCUGGCAACAGUCACUUGUCUGAAAAAGAGUGCCUGCUCAGGUGAUUAUUUUAUUUUCAUCUUUAGAUAGGUUUUGAGUGAUGCACAGCUCAGGCUAUGGGAUAGAUUUUUAUGCUGGCUGAACUGAAGGCCACAGUUCAAAGCUUUUGUAUUACAAAAGUAAGUGGAAAAAUUAAAUAUGCAAGUACUGUAUUGUUAGUCCAUAGAUUACACUACUGGCAGUUUAAAUUUAAACGCUGAACUUCCUUUAUCUCCCAUUGUUUAGCUGAAUAGCUCUAGUAGUGUAUUCGAUGCCAUUUCCUUCCACUCGAACACUAGAAAUAAGUAAACUUGCCACCUUGUUUGUAUGGCAAUAACUGUGCAGUUCAUGAUGUCUUUCAGUAUUACCAGAAUACUAUCUGGAUCUUGUAAAAGACUGUUCAUUUGUACUCGGAGUUGUGUAAGGAAGCAUGAAUAAUCUCUUCCUUGUUUGUGUCUCCACCUAGAAGGCUUACGAAAGUCACAGAAAUGCUCAUCAGGUAGAACUUUUCCUUUAAGUAACAUAGACAUAGUGGAUUGCCUGCGGUUAGGGCUAACUUAGCAAUGCAUUCUUUGAUUCACUUCCUAGUUUUGGUGCUUACAAUUUCAGAACAUGUCAAGUAAAGUAGUAAAUUCCAGGUGAGGUGCUCAGCCUUGUUGAAGCGGCACACCAUUCCUGCUGAGAACUGUUCGCUGUACAAGGGAACCAUUACCUCGAUUCACUGUUCCCCACGUAUACCGAAAUGUAUUGGUGAAGGUGUCGAUCAUGCUUCAAAAAUCUCUGUAUCAACUUCCCAGUGGUUUUUGACCCUCUACUUGAAUUCACAUUAAACUUAUGAACCUGC